CAGACUGAGAGUUGGUUAUUGAUCAGCCCAUCCUAGUCUCAAGAGACAGCGAAGCUUCAGGGGGGAAACAACGGGAUGGAGUUUGCUCUUCUUCUGUGGAUGAUUUGGAACUUAACGGGAAGCACAUCAGCAGUGCCCAACCAGUACAGCAGAGCGGUGGACUUUCUGAGCAGAUAUGGCUACCUCCCUCCUCCUGACCCACGCACCAGCAAACUGCAGACCAAAGAGGGCAUUGAGAACGCCAUCCGUGUCAUGCAGAGAUUCGGAGGGGUCCCUGAAACUGGGUUGAUUGACAGUACAACCCUAAAACUCAUGUCUACGCCACGAUGCUCUCUCCCUGAUAUUGUUGGAGGGGAGGACAUGAGAAGGAGGAGGCGGAGAAAAAGAUAUGCCCUGUCAGGCCUUAAGUGGCAUAAGACAGACCUCACAUGGAGCGUCCAUAGUUACCCAACACCCUCCAGCUCACCUGGCCUCCCUAACAACUUGGUGGACAGCCUUCUGGCUCUCGCCUUAAACGCAUGGGGUAACGUGGCCCCCUUGAAUUUCCAGCAGCUGCAACGCAACAGCCCGGAGGCCACAGCUGGAGGAGAUAUCCGAGUGUCUUUUGCCAGCUUGCUCCAUGAUGAUGGGUACCCUUUCGACGGGCAGGGGGGCACCCUUGCUCAUGCCUUUUUUCCUGGCAGGGAUGAAGUUUCUGGUGACACACACUUUGAUGAUCAUGAGAUCUGGAGCUAUGGAGGUGACAGUAGCAGCACAGACUUGUUCACAGUGGCAGUGCAUGAGUUCGGCCAUGCAUUGGGCCUGUCUCAUUCUUCAUCUAAUCCAUCCAUCAUGAGACCAUAUUACCAGGGAUCUGUAGGAGAUGUUACCACAUUCAAACUGGCCCUAGAUGACAUAUUAGCCAUCCAACAGCUGUACGGAAUGAGAAAUGCUGGGCAACCAGGUGGUGUUAAUCCUGACGUCCCACGCCUUCCGACCCCACCGCCCCCAAGACCCACACUGUUUUCUGAUCCUUCAUUCCAUGAGCGGUGUCACGGAGGCUUUGAUGCAAUAGCAAAUAUUCGAGGAGAGGUCUUCUUCUUUAGAGGUGCACAUUUCUGGAGAACAAAGCGAGACGGAUCUUUGGUUUCCUUAAAACCUGCACAGAUCAACAAAUUCUGGAUUGGCCUUCCACGAGAAGCAAAAAAAAUUGAUGCAGUUUAUGAGAGAAGGAGUGACAGCAAGAUCAUUUUUUUUAUUGGUUCUCAGUACUGGGUUUUCAAAGACACAGUGGCCAUGAGUGGGUACCCACGGCCCCUCUCUGACUGGGGCAUAAAGACAAAAAAUGGGGCGCUAGUGGACAGGGUGGAGGCAGCCUUCAUCUGGGCCCACAACGGCAAGACCUACAUGUUCAGUGGGGGUCAGUUUUGGCGGUUUGAUGAGAGCCGCAAGAGUGAGCAGGUGACCAGGCAGCCAGAACAAGGCUACCCACGGGACAACGGCAUCUGGGAAGGAAUGCCCACCCAUAUGGAUGACAUUAUCAGCUGGGGAGAAGGAGAUGCAUAUUUCUUCAAGGACAGCCUCUACUGGAUCACGAGUGGAGGACUGACCCAAGACAUCACUCCCAAAUCCAUCGCAGUGGACUGGCUCAGAUGUCCAGCAUCCUCUUCGACCCCAACGCCAACAAUUCCUCACAACCCAAAGAAAUGCACCUGUGACUUCAGCGGAUCAUCAUCUCAGCUGAAGAGCAGCUGGAUCCUUCUGAUCUCUGUUGUGUUGGUGAUCAGUGAAGUAAACAGAAGCCUGAUUUCUGGGUUUCCUUGACAUGUGUUUAUUCUGUUCUAUUCUAUUCUAUUCUAUUCUAUUCUACAGUCAUUUAGCAGAUGCUUUUAUCCAAAGCGACUUACAUUUGAGAGUAAGAACACAAGCAAGAAUUC